AUGUGGACUCCAGGCCUAUUGUUCCUCCUGCUGCUGACCUCCUGCCUCCGUGUCUCAAGCGUUCCCCCCGGCAAGUCCCUCGACGAGGGACAACCAACUGGACUAAGUAAAUUCAAGGAUGUCAAACAAAGGCUUGGUAGUUGGUUUAGGGAUAAUUAUAGUGGACUUGGAGAGUCGCUUGUUAACACUGUGGAGCAGAUCCCGGGGGUUGGCACACCCUUAGGUGCACUGAUCAAAACCAUGCUGCUGCUAUUGCCACAAGAUGACGCUAUCCAACCUGAAUUUAAAGCUCUUAACGUUAAGCUUGACAACUUCCGUGCAGAAAUGAAGUGGGAUGCCUGGGCAGCGGGGGCCUACCAGGUUCCAGUGAACCACAUAGAGAAAGCCUGGCAGGAAUACACCCAGCUAGGGACUACUCACGCAAAACAGGAUUUCUUCCAAAGUUACAGGCAGCAUGUGGACAGCACUUUGGUCUUGCACCGAUACCUGACAGCUGAACCAGGAUCUGUAACACCCAACCUCGGAGACCUACUGGCUGACAGAUUAGGAUGUCAUGAAAAAGACAUUGAAGCGCAGUUUUUGUACUUGAAUGAAAUUAUGUGUAAAGGCAAUACACUUAUUGAAAAGUACAACGCAUUCAAAGGCAUAAACACAAAUGCCAGGGCCAAUGAGAUCGCCUCCCUAUCUGCCUCCGCUUUGUUCCAAUCGCACCAGAGAUGCUUAUCUGACAGUGAAGCUUACAUAGAAAGGGACAUUUUUGAGCGCAUUGAUGUAACCAAAAAACACCAAGAAAUAGCCCACGCUGUCCGGGCCUUUCUGUCCGAAACAUACUACAGGUACGACUGGCUGGUUGUUGCUUUUACAACCCAAAACGCACAGAUUGACGUACCACAACUACGCAAGCAUCAUCUGUCAGGGUUUACUGAGGUCCAGAAAGGGAGAGUGACCGUGGCGGUAGCCAAACAGGUGACGGGGGAUCACAGCCAGACUGGAGCCGUUAAAGAUCAGAUUACAAAGUGCAUACCUAGGAAGGUUGAAUCCUGUUCAGAUGUAGUAAAGAUCCUGGAGAACUGUGAGGAAAGCGUGAGUAAGACAUAUACAGCGGUGCAUGCCUUUAAAUUUAAAAGUCACGAUUCCACCAAUGCCGUGGAAGGACCACAUGGUGAUGAUGAUGAUGAUGAUGAUGAUGAUGAGGGCAACUCUGCAGACUCCACUAGUGCAUCUCUUAAACCCUUCCUCUAUAACGGCCACUGUGGAACACGGGGAAAGUAUACCAUUUUAAUUAAGAGUGACACAGAGCUGAGGGGUGAAAGAGACCUCUGCCCCACGUUAGACUGCGGGCCAAAUGGUAAGUGUGUGUUUGUGCCAAACACCUUCAUAGAAGUGUGUGAGUGCCGGUACCCGUACUUCGGUAAGCGGUGUGACCGGCGCCUAGGCCAGCCGCCUUGUUCUUCUCUGAGCUGCCGGUGCCAUGGCUCCGUCAGGCCGCCCAGAUACGUGCCGGCCGCUGAUUUUGGCCGAUAUUAG